GGAAUGCCACGCUGAGCCUCCACUGAGCCCAGUUUGGAGAGCGCCCUUCUCGGACUUCCUGGAGUGCAGACAGCUGGAGAUGUCUAAGCCGGUGGACCACGUAAAGAGACCAAUGAACGCCUUCAUGGUGUGGUCCAGAGCCCAGAGGAGGAAGAUGGCCCAGGAGAACCCCAAGAUGCACAACUCGGAGAUCAGCAAGCGCCUGGGGGCCGAGUGGAAGUUGCUGACAGAGUCGGAAAAGAGACCGUUCAUAGACGAAGCCAAGAGACUACGGGCUAUGCACAUGAAGGAGCACCCGGACUACAAAUACCGGCCCCGCAGGAAGCCCAAGACCCUGCUGAAGAAGGACAAGUUCGCUUUCCCCAUGCACUACAGCCUGGCCGGAGAACAUGAGGGGCUAAAGGCCGCUACUCUGCAUGGGGCUGGGAUGCUCACUGACUCCCUACUAGCCAAUCCGGAGAAAGCAGCAGCCGCAGCGGCCGCAGCAGCAGCCAGGGUCUUCUUCCCCCCCUCUGCGGCGGCAGCGGCGGCGGCAGCUGCGGCAGCCGGUAGCGCCUCCAGUCACUAUUCCCUGUUUGAUCUAAGCUCCAAGAUGGCAGAGAUCACAUCCAGCUCUUCUACACAUCCCUACGCCUCCUCUCUGGGAUACCACCAGUCCAGUGGAGGUGCUUUCUCCGGGAUGGCAGCGGCUGCAGCAGCGGCGGCAGCUGCCAGCGGGGGGCACACUCACUCCCAUCCAUCCCCUGGGAAUCCAGGCUAUAUGAUCCCAUGUAACUGCACAGCCUGGCCCAGUCAUGGACUGCAACCACCCCUAGCCUACAUCCUAUUCCCAGGCAUGGGCAAACCCCAGUUGGACCCUUACUCUGCCACAGCCUAUGCUGCCGCUUUAUGACACCAUGGCGGCCCUCACAAGGGCUUUGUCAACGCAGCACCCGGCUGUAACUUCAUACUGGACACAGGGUCCCAGCCCUAGGGCAGGAUGCCCCUUGUCACAUUUUGUCAUAUCAUGCUGUGAAAUACAUUUAAAGUAUGGAAAUAUGUAAUAUUUAGUUGUGAUGCCACUGCUGUCCGUUGCACAGGUUAUG